CCAACAUCAACCUUCGUGUUCAAACUCGCCGUUCGUCUGCUCUUGCCACUGCUGGAGACCUCGUAGUGGACGUCGACCAUGUCGCUGCUGUCGGACAGGCAGAAGGAUGACUUGCACAACGCGAUGCUCGAUUAUCUGCACGCCAACAACUAUACCGAGGCGUACAACGCGCUGCAGUCCGAGACGGGCAUAACGUACAACCCAGAUCCCAAGUCCAAGUACGCGGGCCUGCUCGAGAAGAAAUGGACGAGCGUUAUCCGGCUGCAGAAGAAGAUCAUGGAUCUCGAGAAUCGCAACGCUGCGAUGAAGGAGGAGCUCGCAGUCGCGCCCUCCAAGCGCUCAGCAGCGCAGUCCGACUGGUUGCCCCGCUCCCCCGCCGCGCAUGUCCUCCAGGGCCACCGAGGCGAGGUGUCGCGCGUCGCCUUCCACCCGCUCUACUCCAUUCUUGCCUCCGCGAGCGACGACACGACUAUCAAGAUAUGGGACUGGGAGACCGGGGACUUUGAGAGGACGCUGAAGGGUCAUACGCGCAUGGUGACCGACUUGGACUUUGAUCAUAAGGGUCAGCUCCUCGUGUCCUGCUCGCAUGAUAUGUUCAUCAAGAUCUGGGACUCGCAACAAGAGUGGAAGAACACAAAGACGUUCCCUGGUCACGAACAUGUUGUCUCCUCCGUCCGCUUCAUGCCUGGCGACCAGCACAUUGUUAGUGCAGGCCGUGAUAAGACAAUCAGAAUAUUCGACGUUGCUUCUACACAUCUUGUACGAACAAUCGUCGGCCAUUCCGAUUGGGUCAGAUGCGUCACACCAUCUGACGACGGGCGGUUGCUAGCAAGCUGCUCGCAAGACCAUACUGCCCGCAUCUGGGAUCCAACGAACGGCGAAUGCAAGAUGGAGUUGAGAGAUCACGAUCACGUCGUUGAAGUCAUCGUCUUUGCUCCCAUAGCUGCAUAUGCGACAAUACGGGAGCUUGCGAAGAUACCGCCAACUGACCGUUCAAAACGGCCAGGUGCAUACGCCGUGACCGGUGGUCGUGACAAGCUCAUCAAGCUAUGGGACAUAGCAAGCGGGCAGAUGCUUCGGAAUUUCGCCGGUCAUGAUAACUGGAUCCGGGCUCUCGUCUUCCACCCCUCAGGCAAAUACCUCCUCUCCGCCUCCGAUGACAAGACGAUCCGCAUCUGGGAGCUCGCCACCGGUCGCUGUAUGCGCACCAUCGACGCACACCUCCAGUUCGUCACCACCAUGCAGUGGGGCAGGCAGCGCAUCGGGGGCGCGCAGCCCGAGGGCGAUGCGUCGAAGGCGAACGGCGUGAACGGGGACAAGGCGAGCGAUGAGCCGGAGAAGGUGGUGAAUGUACUGGCGACGGGAUGCACGGAUCACUCGAUUAAGAUAUGGUUGCCGUGAGGCGGGGAGUGGGAGAGACAGGCAGGCGAGUGUUCUGCCGGUGGGAGCGGCGGCGCGUCCCGGUGGGCGGCUAUCCAAAUGACCGCGUCUGGGCUAGAGGAACAUUCGGUUUUGUUUCUG